AGAUGGCGGCGCGGCCAGCCCGGCGCCGCUGAUCCGGCCGAGCGGAGUCGGAGCCCAGCUCUGGCCCCGGCCCGGCCCGGCCCGGCCCGGCCAGCUUCCCCUGUCCUGAGCAGCCGUCGCCAUGUCCCUGUUGCAGUCCGCGCUCGACUUCCUGGCGGGUCCCGGCGCCCUGGGUGGAGCUGCCGGCCGCGACCAGAGCGACUUCGUGGGGCAGACUGUGGAGCUGGGCGAGCUGCGCCUGCGAGUGCGGCGAGUCCUGGCGGAGGGAGGAUUUGCAUUUGUGUAUGAAGCUCAAGAUCUGGGAAGUGGCAGAGAGUAUGCAUUAAAGCGGUUACUAUCCAAUGAAGAAGAAAAGAACAGAGCCAUCAUUCAGGAAGUUUGCUUCUUGAAAAAACUCUCUGGUCACCCCAACAUCGUCCAGUUCUGCUCUGCAGCAUCCAUAGGCAAAGAGGAAUCUGACACGGGGCAAGCGGAGUUCCUGCUGCUCACAGAGCUCUGCAGAGGGCAGCUGGUAGAAUUUCUAAAGAAAAUUGAAGCUAAAGGUCCUCUGCCCUGUGACACCGUCCUGAAGAUCUUCUACCAGACGUGCAGAGCUGUGCAGCACAUGCACAGGCAGAAGCCGCCCAUCAUCCACAGAGACCUCAAGGUUGAGAACUUACUGCUCAGCAGCCAGGGGACCAUUAAGCUGUGUGACUUUGGCAGUGCCACCACCAUCUCCCACUACCCUGACUACAGCUGGAGCGCCCAGAAGCGAGCCAUGGUGGAGGAGGAGAUCACAAGGAACACCACACCUAUGUACAGGACGCCAGAGAUCGUAGAUCUGUAUUCCAACUUCCCCAUUGGCGAGAAACAGGAUAUCUGGGCCCUCGGCUGCAUCUUGUACCUGCUGUGUUUCCGGCAGCACCCUUUUGAGGAUGGAGCAAAACUGCGCAUUGUCAAUGGGAAGUACUCAAUCCCUGCAAAUGACACGCGAUACAGCGUCUUCCACGACCUCAUCCGUGCCAUGCUGAAGGUGAACCCUGAGGAGCGGCUGUCCAUUGUGGAGGCUGUGCGCCAGCUACAGGAGAUUGCAGCAGCCAGGAAUGUGAACCCCAAGGCACCCAUCAUGGAGCUGCUGGAACAGAAUGGAGGCUGUGGGAACCCAGGGCCGUCCCGGGCACCACCCGUUCCUGGGGGUCCUUUGAGCAGCAGCUACAGUGGAGCCCUGGCCUUGACAGAGUACGAUCAGCCCUAUGGUGGUUUCCUUGAUAUCCUGCGGGGCGGGACAGAGCGUCUCUUCACCAACCUCAAGGACACUUCCUCCAAGGUCAUCCAGUCUGUGGCCAACUAUGCAAAGGGUGACCUGGACAUAUCUUACAUCACCUCCAGGAUUGCUGUGAUGUCAUUCCCUGCCGAGGGCGUGGAGUCAGCUAUCAAAAAUAACAUCGAAGAUGUGCGGUUGUUUCUGGACGCCAAGCACCCAGGCCGCUAUGCUGUCUACAACCUGUCCCCGAGAACCUACCGGGCCUCCAAGUUCCACAACCGGGUUUCUGAGUGUGGCUGGGCUGCCAGGCGGGCCCCAAGCCUCCACAGCCUGUACACCAUCUGCAGGAACAUGCACUCCUGGCUGCGGCAGGACCACGGGAAUGUCUGCGUUGUACACUGUGUGGAUGGGAGAGCUGCCUCUGCCGUGGUUGUCUGUGCCUUCCUGUGCUUCUGCCGCCUCUUCAGCACGGCUGAAGCUGCUGUAUACAUGUUCAGCAUGAAGCGCUGUCCGCCGGGCAUUUGGCCAUCCCACAAAAGGUACAUCGAGUACGUGUGUGACAUGGUAGCGGAGGAGCCCAUCACGCCCCACAGCAAGCCAAUGCUGGUGAAGGCUGUGGUCAUGACCCCUGUGCCACUGUUCAGCAAGCAGAGGAAUGGCUGUAGACCUUUCUGUGAAGUCUACGUGGGGGAUGAGCGCGUGACCACCACCUCCCAGGAGUACGACAGGAUGAAGGAGUUUAAGAUCGAGGAUGGCAAGGCAGUCAUCCCCUUGGGGAACACAGUUCAAGGCGAUGUGCUCAUUGUCAUUUACCACGCCAGGUCCACCCUAGGUGGGCGGCUACAGGCCAAGAUGGCAUCCAUGAAGAUGUUCCAGAUUCAAUUCCACACUGGGUUCGUGCCUCGAAACGCAACCACUGUGAAGUUCGCCAAGUAUGACCUGGAUGCAUGCGACAUUCAGGAGAAGUACCCAGAUCUGUUCCAAGUGAACCUAGAGGUGGAGGUGGAGCCUAGAGACAGACCGUGCCGGGAGGCCCCACCAUGGGAGAAUACCAGCAUGAGAGGACUGAACCCCAAGAUCCUGUUUUCCAGCCGAGAGGAGCAGCAGGACAUUCUGUCUAAGUUCGGGAAGCCAGAGCUGCCCCGGCAGCCGGGCUCCACUGCUCAGUAUGACGCUGAGGCAGAGUCUCCAGAGGCUGAGCCCACGGACUCGGACUCACCGCAGAGCAGCAGCACAGACGCAGACCACUUCCUCCACACGCUGGACUGGCAGGAAGAGAAAGCAGCCGAGACUGGAGUGGAAGGGUUCUCUGCUAAGGAGAGCCAGGCUGUCCUUAUCACAGACAGAGAUGAAAGCGAAGCAUCCGGUGAAGAGGUGUCCUCAGUUCCUGGCAGGGACAGCCAGCCUGGAACCAGUGAGGACCUACCAGGCUCUGUGGCAGGGGUCCGACGGCAAGACCUGAUGCUUGGUGGAGCCAGCCCAGCCUCAGCAUGGGAAACCAGGCCGCAGGAAGAUGGUGUUGACCUCCUGGGGCUGCACUCAGAGGCUGCCCCAGGACCAGCUGCCUCUGCGCAGGCCUGCAUGGCCCCUUCAGGCAACACCGCCCUGCUCAGCUGCCUGCUCGGGCCACCCGAAUCCACUCCACAAGGGCUGCCCAGCAACCUGUUGGGUGACGAGACCCCCCUGCUCUUGGCAAGCCCGGCCCCUCUGAGUGCACAGAGUGCCCCACAGGAAGGCCCCCCUGCCACAGCUGACCCAUUCGACCCACUCUUGGCUCCUGGUGCCGACUCCCAGCCUGGUUCCCAGCCUGACCUCUUCGGUGAAUUCCUGCAUGCAGACCCGGUAACAGCCCCGAUGGCAGCCCCAGCAGCCUUCCCCUGUACCAGUAGUGCACCACCGCCAUCCUGUGCCACCUUCCUGCCACUGGGGGACCCGCCAGCAGAGCUCAGCAAGGUGACGGCCUCAUCCAGCCACCCGGACCUGCUGGGGGGAUGGGACACCUGGGCUGAGGCUGCUGUGCCUGGACCAGCUUCAGAAGGACCCCUCUUGCCUCCUGGAGCUCUGCCAGUCCCUCCUGUCCCCCACCCUAGCCAAACCAAGUCCCAGAGCCUGGACCCAUUUGCUGACCUCGGUGACCUCCGUGACCUCAGCUCCAGCCUCCCAGGCCCAGCUGCUGGACCCCUACCUGGAGGCUUUGCUCCCAGAACAGCUCCUUCCCCCAAAGGCGGCAGCUCCUGGCAGACAAAUCGGCCACCAGCUCAGGGCACCUCAUGGCCCCCCCAGCCCAAGGUUCCCCCCAAAACUUGUGUACCACCAAGGCCAAACUACGUUACGAACUUUGGCGUGAUUGGGGACCGAGAGGAGCGGGGCAUCCGUGUGCCUAGCUUUGCCCCCAAACCAAAGGUCUCAGAGAACGACUUUGAAGAUCUGCUACCCAACCAAGGCUUCUCCAAGUCUGACAAGAAGGGGCCAAAGACCAUGGCGGAGAUGAGGAAGCAGGACCUUGCCCGAGACACGGACCCCCUCAAGCUGAAGCUCCUGGACUGGAUUGAGGGUAAGGAGAGGAACAUCCGCGCCCUGCUGUCCACAUUGCACACGGUGCUGUGGGACGGGGAGCACCGCUGGACACCCGUGAGCAUGGCCGACCUGGUGACGCCGGGGCAGGUGAAGAAGCAGUACCGCCGCGCAGUGCUGGUCGUGCACCCUGAUAAGGCCACAGGGCAGCCCUAUGAGCAGUAUGCCAAGAUGAUCUUCAUGGAACUUAAUGACGCCUGGUCUGAGUUUGAGAACCAGGGCUCAAGGCCCCUCUUCUGAGGCCCAGGGGUGGCUGUGCAGGCACUCACAAGGCUAAGGCCAAGGCCUAGGCCACCUCGGGGGUCUUGGAAGGCUCCCCAGCUACUGGGCAGGACAUUGAUGCAGCCCAAGAGACUCCGAUCCGCUGCCCUCUGUCCUGUGUGGGUCGCGAACAGAUGCCCUCCCGCAGUUCAGGGCAGAAAACAUUCCAAAGCUGAUUGUCCUUUCAUUUCCUCCUGAUCCCAGAGGAACAGUGCUGAUCUAUGCUCCUCCCACAGUCAUCACAGCUCGUGACUCGUCCUGCGUCUGGUGUCUGUCACCUCUCUGCACGUUGUCACCUGCGUGCUCUGCUGUUGUUCCUAGGGCUAGGGUGUCCAUCCUGCUUUGUAAUCAGUCUGAUGAUCGUUGUACAUAAUUAAACUCUUUUCUGAUGAUA